CCUGUACCUACCAGCCUGUAGUCCGAUGGCCUAACCACUGCGCCACCGAGGCCGGCCUGACGUCAUUAUCCCUGCUAAGUCGCUGUUCAGCAUCCGGUGACGUCAUAAGUUUGUUGUGAUGUCAACACAUUUCUCCAGUUGUGAAUUUCUGCUGCAGUUUUGACGUGUCAUGUAGUGUGUAUAUCUCACAUCCGUAUAGUUUGAUUGUGACAGUUCGUGCUCUCCCUCCGAGACGUAAGGAACGGAACCUGUGUUGAGAGUCACAGAACCAAGACCAAGGUGUGACCAUGUCGAAAGAGGACCAGCGGCAGGCGGUCGGGCUUGAUGACGAGCCACAGUCGCUGCAGAACGUCGACGACGACACUCAGCAACAAUUAGCAGAUACUCAACAGGAGAUUAGCCCAGCUGAAAAUGUUCAAGAUGGCGACGACACACAGCAAGCUAUAGGUGAAUACGAUACUCAACAAGAGCUUAGCCAGGGUGUCGAAAUUCAAGAUGGCGACGACACACAGGAAGCCACAGUAUUAUUAGACAACAAUCAACAGUCAACAAUAGGCGCGAUGAUACAGGAUGAUGAAGGAGCAGUCCAAGAUGACGAAGGCUCACAAGCAGCAUCGGAAGUUAAGAAAACAAAAUCGGCGGCGAAGGCUAAAAAGCGGACCAAAAGCGCUCAUUCUACCAACAUGAUAAAAACCAAGAGUCGAGACCUAGGAACGAGAGAUAGCACCCAUCAUGGGCCGAAAAGCGGAACCAGUAAAAAGAAAUUGACGGAUACUCAACAAGCUCAAAGCCAGGAUGUUGAAAUUCAAGAUGGUGACGACACACAGCAAGCCAUUGAUACUCAACAAGAGCUUGCCCAGGGUGUUGAAAUUCAAGAUGGCGACGACACACAGCAAGCCAUAGACGAAAGUCAACUACCAAUAAUACCAACAAUAGGCUCGAUGAUACAGGAUGAUGAAGGAACAAACCAAGAUGAUGAAGCCUCACAGAUAGCAUCAGAAACUCAGAGAUCAAGCUCGACGGUGAAGUCUAAAAAGCGGUCCCGCAGCCCCCAGUCCGCCAGCGUGAUGAAAGCCAAGAGUCGAGACCUAGGACCGAAAGAUAGUGCCCUUCAGGGAUCGAAAGACACAUCCAGCAAGAAGAAACUCACGGUGGAUAGUAAACAAUCGGCAGUAUCGUUGAAGAAAAAGCGAUCGAAGUUGAAACGAAGAAAGAGUACCGAUCGUGUAGCGAAAGAUCGUGGAAUGAGAGACGACGCGGAUCAGUCCGAUGCUGAUCUGUCAACACAACAGGACACGGGUUUACUAGAUGGAAUAUCCGACAGUGAGGUAGCCACGCAGGACGAUGGUCAGCAGGAAUCGGAGUUGGACACAUCAGGAGACCUGGAUAUGAUGCCAGAGGGCCAGACCUUCAGUGACUCGGAAGAGCACAAGGCCCUCGACCCUCUGGAUGAUCCCUCGCUGGCGAUCCACGAGGCGCUGGAUAUCGAGGCCUUCAACAAAAUAGUGAACAGGUACGGCGAGAUCUUCUCCGACCACCGCUAUCUGAACGUGCACGACGAAUACCCUGCCGAGGAGGUGGUGAGGCUGGUCACCAUGGUGACGGAUAUGCUGGGCAAGUUCGAGGAGUUCAUGGGCCAAAGCCAGCAGAAUAUCGAGAUGCUGAGGGCGAAGAUGAGGAAGGUCAAAGACAACGUCCACACGAGCGUCAACAAGCUGUGUAUGAACAUCAGAGAGGACGAGGAGGACACCACCACGAUAGAGAAAAGGGAGCUAGCUGAGAAACUAGCGGCACUGAACGCAAUCUGCGCCAAGACGAACGUCGAGGUCGCGGAGGCCGUCCACCUCUCCACGGAGACCGAGAAGCUCGUCGUAGAGACUCAGAUGCUGACGGAGACUGCAAGAGAAGAGGCGAAGUGGAUCGAGAUGGAGCUCGACCGGAAGACGAGGGCGGAGGCCAAGAAGAAGGCGGAGGAGGAGAAACGCCUGGCGGAUGAGAAGAGGCAGGAAGAGGAAGCACGCAGACAGAAGCAGGCGCAGGAGGAGGCGGUGAAGAAGAUGGAAACCAAACGGAGAGAGUCGAUGCACCCAAAUAUGGAAGAGGCCGAGAACUGGACCAUACACGAGUACAUUACGGCAGAUUCGUGCUUCAUCAUCAAAGGUCACCCCAUUCGGUUCGAGAAGAAGAACGUGCGGUUCCGGGUGCUCAAGCCGAACGUGACGCCGAUUACGUUCAACGACCAACACGAGGAGCUCGUGUCGCAGAUCAUACAGCUGCUGGCGCCAUCCCGAGUUUCCCUGACAGCCAUCAAGCCUCUCGACGUUUACUUGGCUAUUCCCCAUCUCAUAAGGAGAGCCGUGGCAUCCGCCAGGGAACCGGUGAUGAAAGUUCUUGAGGACGACACUUGGGUCGAACUCCCCACGAUAGAAGUGACGUUUGAAAAUCAAAAGGACAAGAAAUUCGCCCAGGCGGAAAUUAAAAGUAUGUCCACUUUCAUGGUGACGUCAAGAUUCAGGCGUGAUUACGUCACUAUAAAUAAGAAGGAGUUAACCCUGACGUCAUCAUAUGAUCAAAGGGUAAAGCUGACUUUCCCGGAUGGAACGUUUCCAAAGGAACAGAUUCUUAUUCUAACGGUUAUCCCUGUUGAUUUAGCGUCCGUUAAUGAGUUCCGGUCAUGGGGAUCUCAGAACAAAAGACUUCUCGCUUCAAGUUCCAUUAUCUGUACAGAUUUGAAUACCCAAACCAUGAAGAAACCACUAGCGGUGACAAUGUCGUGUCCGUCGAACCCGGCCAAGGCGCGGAAGAUGGCCCUGGCCCGCAAACAGAAAGAGGACAAGAUGAACCAGCCCUCGAUAAAGGUGCCCAUAGAAUUCGACGAGAAGGAGAAAGGAAAGAAGAAGAAGGAAAAAACGGAGGAGUUUGUGUCGUCAAUCAAGUCCCAGCCGCGUUGGUACAUGGGAGAAUACGGCGCUAGUGAUGACGACGAUACGGACGUGAUCUAUCUGAUCGCGCUCAGCUUGGGCAAGUGGAACGUCCUGCCGGACGUCGAGAUCACCCAGAAGAAGGCUGAGCUGGUCACAUUCAAACUGCCGAAAUGUUACGAUAAGUUCGUGGUGGUUCGGUUCCGCACCACGGUUUGCAUGGAAUCGGCGGCGCUGUUGUUUGCCGGGCUACAGGAGACUUUGUCAUACAGAUACGCCAGGGUGGUCUUCAGACAGCAUCAAGACGAGCAGUACCAGGCCGUGGUCUACGUGUUGCCCGACUAUCAGGUGGACAAGAUGUGCAACACGCUGGACGAGCAGAACUACUCCAAGGGCCCGCCCACCAGUCAGCGCAUCUGUCUCUCCGAGGGUGACCAGAUCGAGCUCAAGUUCCGUGGCAACAUCCGGAUCGAGGGCAAUCGGUCCGUCGACCUGCGCUUCCACUCCAACCUGACGUCCAUGGCGGAGCUCAUGAUCGAGGAGGUCGACCGCUACAGACAGAAGAACUUCGGCGAGCACAAGGGCGUGGUCGAGUUCGCCAGACGCUACACGGUCCCGACGGACGCCGCGCGUGUGCCGGAAGUCAAGAGAAGCUUCCUGUGCGAUCUCUAUAUCAGUUUACCAAGGUACGACGUGGACCAGGGUGGCGUGCCGGAGAUGAUCACGAUGCAGAUCAAGGACCCCCUGGACUGCGUCAACGAGGACCUGCUCAACAAGCUGUCCUUCCAGCUCGGCAAGGAGUGGCAGCAGCUGGCGCACCACCUCGGCGUCACGCACGAGCGCGUCCAGGCUAUCCUGCGCAACAUCCAGGCGCACGAGCGCAGCGAGACCGAGGCCAAGUACUGGAUGCUGUUGACCUGGUUCAAGAGGUCGAAGAAAUUCGAGGACAAGGUGACUCCACUGAAACACGCAUUACUCCAGUGUGGUCGGACUGACUUGGCGGAACUGGUGUACGACCUUGAACUUGAGUUUCACGUGGAGAGGUUUUACAAUGAAUCACCGGAGAAGAGGGAGUCGAUACCGAGGUUACAGGUAUAACUUCCGGUUUAUUGCGACCAAACAGAUUUACACAGGACGUGUACAAUUUUGGAGAUGUACUUCUAUACUGACAAUUUCACAGAAAGAUGUAGUUAGCGUACGUGAAUGUCUCGUGUCAAAAGGCGCUCGUUUAAUUGGUGUAUGUUUGUGUUUUCAACAAGACUUUUUUUUAUUAUUAUUAAGCAGGGGUGCAGAAAUGUAAAAUAUGUGAUUAAUAUGCAAGACCAGUACGAAUCAAAAUUUACCAGUCCACAAGGAUGUUUAUUAGUAUGUUGGACGGCAGCGUAAGACAAAAUUCACCAAUGGCGGAUCCAGAAAAUCCAUUUAGCGGGGGUCGGGGAAUAAGGCGGAAUGUCAAGGGAACUUUGAAAAUUAAUAUAUAAUAAAAAUUAUAACUGUUGCAAAAUUUAGCACCCCCACCCCCCUUCCUAGAUCCGCCUCUGUUCACUUCAAAUAAUCUUUCAGUGAUGCCAAAACAUACUGAGAUAUCUUCCAUAGCAACUUGACUCCUGGGUUCGUCAAUGGACGUAGUCUCGACUUCAGCGUACGACAGCGGAGUGUCUAGAUAAUCGAAACUACAAGCAGUAGGAGAUGUGUUGCUGUACAUAUACAUAUCAUCGCUGUUCUAAGUCGGCGUAACUUUAUUCACGUGCCUAUGUCCAGUAAAGGUUCAGACACGUCAGUCGCGUCCUCGGUCUCUGGCAGGGUCAGUGGCUGGGCGCGGGAUAUAACGGUACUUUAUGGAAUAAUCAGCUCACGCAAAAGACAGCUGGAAAUUGGCGGGCGUAGAUUCAACAAAAACAUCUAGAGGCCGAAUUUGUUUAGCUUUUUUGCUUAAACGCAGACGUUUAAGCAUAGUAAAUGUAUAUAGUUACACGCGAGGAAGUCUAACACAGGUGUUUAAGCAUAGUAAAUGUAUGUAGUUACACGCGUGGAAGUCUAAACGCAGGUGUUUAAGCAUAGUAAAUGUAU